AUGGAGCGAAAGCGCAAACUGCCCGCGCGGGCUGCCGCUCGAGGCGAAAACGUUGCUAAAAAGCGCAAUGUUACACCUCGAGAGCGCUCUGCGACGCCUGCUGCUCCUCCCCCGCCAGCUCCAGAGCCAGAACCAGCUCCGGAACCUGAAGAGCCUCCCCCGCCGCCGUUGCCCAAGUCGAUCCAGGCUGGUAAACCUCUUCCGACGGUAGAAGUCGCGCAGCCAGAAGAAUUGUCGUCAAAGGAGUACCAGUCAGUUGGUGAAAGUGGUGUACUUGCCGAAUCCCUCUUUCGAUCCCGUCACAAAUGGAUCAGCGAAGGUCUAUUUGCAAAGUAUUGGACCAAACCCCAUAAGCGCAAGGGCGUUCUCAAUGAAGACCCUAAAAACCCGCCCAAGGAUACCAUGUCAAAGGUUGGCACCGUAACGAUCACGAUUGAGCCUCAUAUAAUCGAAGCCACGAUGUACGUUGUGAAGGAUCCGAAACCAAAAACUCAGCCCCUACCGCAGCAGCAACCGCAACACCGUCCGAUCCUUCAAUAUGGUCCUCCGAAUGGCUCAAUGCCACCACCACUCGCACCUCAAGCAUUGGGAGCUGGCACCCCGACGCAAAAUAGGGCGACGGCAGGGAAAUCCAUACCACAAAGUCCAUCUCAGGGUCCAGUACAAAGUCCAGCACAAUCAUCUCAAACGCUUCCCAGAACCUCUCAAGGUCAAAUUGCUGCUUCGACGACAGCCCCGCCAGCGAACAAUGCGACACCAUCCCCGAGUCCAAGCUUCCAGCCGCGACCACAAACUGUAGGGCCUGUAGCGCCAUCUCCAACACCCCCGAUCUCACAAGCGUCUCCCAACAUUUCCGCACCAGUGGCGCCUAUGUCAGCUUCAGGGCCAACCAUGGCACCAGUAGCACCGACAGCACCGGCUGGGCCGAUGGCAGCCCCUUCAAUGUCUCCAGUACCUCGACCGCCUCCAAGUUCUCAUCCGCCCGCGAGUGGCCUCGCCAAACCUGCCCCAGCUCCAAUUCCAGGCCCAGCUCCAGGUGCCCCAGCUCCAGGUGCUGCCCCUGCUGCGAAACCGUCGGCCAACGACCCUGUUAUCGCUUUAUUGGCACAAAAGGCUUCAGGAGAUGCGGAGCUGCGCGAUCUCAUGAAGAGAGUGGCCGUGGGGCAAGCAAAGGAGGGUGAAUUAGCUCACUUUCAGAAGAUCAUAGAUCAACUGAAUGCAGAAUAUCGAAGUAGAGGGGGACAACAAGGACCAUCGGCAGAUCGUCUUCUUGUCGAUGGUCGCACAGUGCAAUAUUUUGCCACGGAAGUCAGGACUAUUCUUGACAUUGUCUUGGCCUCUAACCCCAACCAGAAGUCGUCUGAGCUGCGGCCACCACAAGGCAGUGAUCCGCUUGUCGUUCUACUGGUCAAAACUGCCCUAGAGGAUCAGAGGACGCGAGAUAUGAUUCGAAGGAUUGCGGAAAACCGACCCGGUUUCACUGAUGCUACAGAUCUCAAGGAAAUUUUAGAUAGGCUGCAUCGCGAUAUGAAGACCGCUCCGAGAGCAUCCCCUGCUCCUGUACAAAUCCGUCAGCAAACCCCGAAUGGCAUACCGAAUGGACAGCAAAAGGCAGCCCAUACUGGACCUCCACCUAACCCGCAAGCUCUCAGAUCAAAGGGGCCACCACCCGCGCCUAAACCAGACAUUACUGCUGUUGUUUUUGACUUUGGAAGCGGUGACCGAUAUCUUUUUCCCAAAUUCAGUAUUCUGGAAUAUCUACCAACUACGACUGGCCAGCAAGUUGUGGCUUCAUUCCUAAUUGUUCGAAAAGGAAGCACAUCUGAAUAUGGAGGUGACCCAAAGCUAGACUAUUACCAGCCCGUCACGAUACGUCUCUUUACGCCAUCUGGACGCCAUCUGGAGAACCUUGCGCGAGUUGUCGCUCCGCAAGAUGAGGUCAGGCGCUACAUGGACGAUGUCAUGGAUCAUAUGACCCGCGCCGAGUAUGUUCUCCUGGCCAUGAGGCUCCCCAAAGCCAGUCCGGAUGGAGAGAAAGACGGCACGGCCUCGGAGGAACCAAGGACAAACGGUUCGACACCAAAGCCUGACUCGGCAAUAGAGCCGAAACCCGCCGCGAAGGUUGGCGUUCUUUGGACGUCUAAGGGCAAUUCUGAAACUCCACCAGUAGAAAGACGGGUGUCAAAGCCAGCUCGAGAUGCUGAGCAGGAGGCGGAAGCUAGGUACCAGCGCUUGAUCAAUCAAGUUUCUGCAAAGGACACCGAAGCCUAA